AUGACCGGACAAAUAAUUGGCGGUGCACCUAUAAUGGAUGCGGUUAAAUAUCAACAGAUUAUUAUGUUUAUGAUUUCUGCUUCAUCUGCAUUGAGUGUUUUAACAACGAUUUGUGUUUGCAUUUUCAUAUGUAUCGAUGGUUCCCAUCGUUUACGUACUGAACGAAUAACAAAUGCCAAACCUUGGAUUUUUGCAAAGAAGGAUGAUUUAAUUAGUGGUAUUCGUAAUAGUUUGUUGUGUUGUGUUGUUGUAUAG